AUGCCGCCGAAACGUCGGUCAAGAUACAACAGUAGACGCGUCCGCGUCUUGCCCUUUGACGGAGCAACCACGGAAACAGAAAUGGAGAAAGCAUCAACUGCUCGCUUGCGUCUCGGUCAAAUAGUCAUUGAUAUUCGGGAAGCUGGAAGUCGCGAGCAAGUGGCGUUGUUGGAGCACGAAAAGGAACAACUAGAAAAAUACAUUGCUGGCUACAAAUAUCCCGUUGCUCUACUACCUGCCGAAAUUGUGCGCGAAAUUUUUCUCCAUUUCCUCCCGCCGUACCCCCAACGGUCGCCUCUUGUCGGAAUGCAUUCUGCUCAUGUCCUGGGCGAAGUCUGUGGUCGCUGGAGGGAAAUAUCAUUGGGAACUCCAGUGCUAUGGGCGACGAUAACCGUUGCCCUCCACAAAAACCGGAUACUCCCCCACAAACUAGACCUGUUGAAGCUGUUUUUGGCACGGUCAAAAUCGCAUCCGCUCUCAAUCAUGUUUAAAGUUGACGAUGAUGUCGACCCGAUGCCAUUCGCGCGGCUUUUAUUUGACCACAGCGAUCGCUGGGAGCAUGUUGCUAUCAGAAUCCCUGCCCGCGCCACCUUGCCAGCCUCUCUCGACAAGGGGCUGCCGCGUCUUCGCAGUAUCGAUAUUCAGCCCGAUUUUGAUCCGCUGCACGAUGGCAGCCACUUUUCGAGCGUCCACGAAGUCCUUCUCAAGGCAGUAGAGACGGCGCAUGCUCUCGAAAGGCUCCAUUCGCGAUUCUCUUUACUGUGCGACCCACUUCGGUUUUCGCUCAGUCAUUUGACGGUACUCAACGUGGAAUACGUAUACCUAGACCAAAUGCCUAUCAUUCUUCGACGCACGCCAAACCUUGUACACUGUUCUAUUAGAGCACUGAUGAACUCGACGACUGUGAAUAUAAAUGAAGCAAUACAGCUUGCUGAACUACAAUCGCUGGUCCUGAACUAUUGCCCGCCGCUGCCAGAACCGAUCGACAUAUCGCAAUUUCUCAGCCUCCUCAUUAUUCCCUCCCUUCGUACUUUGAAACUGACUCUCCCAAACGAAACGGCCACCGCAAUCAAUAUUGUGGAGAACAUAGUUGAGAAAAGUGAAUGUCGAUUGCAAACACUGGUUAUCGCGGCUCUUAGUCCUGAUGGUCCUCCCGAGGACGAACUCCAGCGCCGAUUCAGAGCGGCUUUCCCCGCAGUAGACCAUGUGGCAGUGGGCAACAACGGGAAGGGCAUGUAUGGUGGUGGUGAGGGGCUGUUCUAUGGUUUUGCUAUGGACUCGUAUGACCCGGUUGAGCACGACGUAGGGUUUUUAAAUAUCUCUGCAUUCAAUGAGGUCGAUGUCCUGUAA